UCGCUUGCAUAAACACGUUGAUUUAAAAACAACAACCAAAAAAUGUUUGACAUUGUUAUAAGCAGAAGUGUUUCUACAAAAAAUAACUGAUAAUUUAAUUACAGAUAAAGGAUUUUAUUACGAUUAUCAUUAUUGUUUUGUACUUUAUCAAAACGAAAUGUGGCUGCUAAAGUUAAUAAGUAUAUUGUUUUGGUUCAAGCUUAGUGAAUGUGUAGGUAGAUGGGAUGUUUUCUCCACAAAAACUAUUUACGAAUGGGCACACGAUGUUCAAACUCCAAUAUUUGCAAACGAACACAAUCACGUGGGGGUAGGCUCCACUUUGUGCAAAGCGAUUCACGUGAAUAUGGUUGUUAGACACGGAGCUCGAAACCCUACCUUGAAAAAUAUGAAAUACAUUAAGGCUCUGCACGAAAAGAUAAUGAAGACAAAAGAUCCAACAGCGUUCCCAGAACUUGAUAAUUGGAGAUAUAGAUAUGUUAUAGAAAGAGAAGGGGAGCUUGUCAGCAAAGGGAUAACUGAACAGAAUGACUUAGGAGCUAGAACGGGGGCCAGGUUCCAUCAUUUGUUUGACAAAAAUGGAAAAUAUGUUAAGUUUGUGUCUUCAAGAAAAUCUCGAGCGAAAGAUAGUGCGAGGCAUUUUCACGGCGGAUUGUCGGACUAUUUGACAAACAAAAUACCAAGUUUUGAUAACGAAGUCAACAAUGCAACAAUGAGGUUUUAUGACGGAUGUUAUAACUAUGAACAUCAAGUAGAGGACAAUGUUACUCAGUUUGAACAAUUUCAUAAGUUUUCAAAAACGCCACAGUUCAUAAACAUAGCAAAAUCAUUAAAAAGUAAAUUAAAGGUUCCAUUUUCAUUUACUGAAGAUGAUGUAUAUCAGAUUUACGAGUUAUGUUCGUAUGAAAGCUAUUUAUUUAAUGACAUGACGUGGUGUAAACUGCUAACAGAUGAUGAGAGGAUAGUGCUCGAGUAUGGACAAGAUUUAGAGAAAUAUUACGAAUCGUCCUACGGGCAUCAAAUAAACUCACAAAUGGCGUGUCCUCUUGUUAAAGAUAUGUUCGAUACAAUGGACAAAGCAAUGAAUAGCAGCUGGGAUUAUGAAAAUCUUGGAGAUAUGAACAACACUGAUUAUCUAGCAGCGAAGUUUCAGUUUGGGCACUCAGAAACGAUAGUCCCCCUUAUGACGGCACUUGGUCUGUACAAGGACAACACGCCACUUCUUGCUACCAACUUUAACACUAUGUCGGGACGAAAAUUUCGGACAAGCAACAUAGCACCGUAUUCUUCAAACCUUGCAUUUGUUAUUUACGCAUGUGACAAUGUGAAUUCGCUAGAAACGAACACAGUUGAGAAGGGGAGUAAAAAUUUUGUUGUGAAGUUGUUUGUCAAUGAAAAAGAAGUGACGAUACCAGCAUGUGACGGUUGGCUAUGUUAUUAUGAUAAAGUUAAAACGAAAUACCAGGAUUACAUCAACAAGUGUAACAUAAAAGAAAUUUGUGGAAGUAAACCGGACGAUGAGGACUCGCCUGGCAAUAAAGCCAACCUCAUAAUGGUUUGCAGCAUGACUGGACAGCUAGUCAUGCUACUGAUUGUGUUGUUACUCAUUUAAAUAUAUCAGGCUUACAUAUAUUAGUCAAACACUUAGCUGUAUUUCAAUUGUAUAAGUCUACAAAAAAGGAGCUUCGACGAAUACUAUAAUUAUGGGUAUUUACUUAAAGGCAAGCCGGAUAUCCAUUGAGCAUUUGGUAAAGCACACAUAUACAUAGGUUCUGUGCUGUACGCCCAAUUCUUUUUGAAUAUAUCCAUUUAAUAUUUCUUAAGUAAUCGAUCAGUUUGUCUCACACUUAUUCGGAAAUUAUCAUUGACUUGUAGAAAACAUCUAAGUAUUUAUUUAAAUAAAAUUAAAAGCUCUACUCUAAGAAUUCUUUUUUGUAACAUAGAUUUAUUCUACUGAUAUGUAUUCCCAUAAUAGCAGUACAUGCUUCAUUUUGCAUUUAACCUUGUUUGUAAAAUAAAAUUUCUACAUUAAUUUAUGGAUUUUUAUUCAUGUCCUGGCCAGUGAAAGGACGAAGUCGCAUACAUGUAGGACUGCCAGAUAUUUUGACUGAUUAACAAAGAAACCGAGUGUUCGUAACUAAAAAGACAUUCGCUAUAUCACUUUUUUCAAGUUUUUGUAUUUUUUUUCCAAAAUCUUCAAAAUGUACGAACAUGGGAAUAUUGAAUGCAAUUUGUUUUCUUCAAUUUUUGUACUUUUUUACUUCUUCUUGUCUGGGCAGAUCAUGGUUUUCCAUUAUUUUUUUUUAAAUAUCUAAGAAAUAUUUACGAGUUUAUAUAUAUAAACUGUUUAGAAUGAAAUGAUUACAUUUCAAAAUCCAAAAGGUAAACGUUUAUUUUUGGCACAAAUGUUGUAUCUAGAUAAUUGAAGAUAUAGCAGUGCCUAAUAUCUAUGGACCAUUCUGGUUUUUCGUAG